AUGAAAGUUAGUAACAAUACAUCAAAAUUAAUUAGACUCAAAAACCACAUCCACCAAAUUAUUAGUCUACUUCAACAACAACAACAACAACAACAACAACAACAACAACAACAACAACAACAACAACAACAACAACAACAACAACAGCAUCAACAAUAA